GCCCAAUUUCUCUUCUUUAUUUUCUCACUUCGAGACUUUUUCUUGUGUGUCUUGUUCUCUUUCUCUCUGCUCGCCGGAUCUGAAGCUUUUCAGUCAUGUCGACGACGUCGUCGUAUUGGUGUUAUAGAUGCACGCGCUUCAUCACUGUUUUGGUCUCUGCGGAGAACAACGACGUCACUUGUCCUCACUGCGACGGUGGAUUUAUCGAAGAGAUCGAAAACAAUUCGCGAUCGGACAAUCCACACCGUCGAUUCAUGUACAUGUUAUCCGAUAACAACGCUAGAAACCGUCAGGACUCAGAUCGGAUUCCCACCUUAAGAUUUCGCCGGAAUCGACGAAACGCUGGCGAUCGUUCCCCUUUUAACCCGGUUAUUGUCUUGCGUGGCACCGCCCCCGAAGAGAACGAGGAAGGAAGUAGCUAUGAGUUCUACUAUGAUGACGGCACCGGGUCGGGUCUUAGACCAGUGCCGGCCAAUAUGUCCGAGUUUUUGAUGGGAUCUGGGUUUGACCGCUUGCUAGACCAGUUAGCACAGAUUGAAGUGAAUGGUUUCGGGCGGGUAGGAAACCCGCCGGCGUCAAAAGCAGUGGUGGAGUCGAUGCCCACGGUUGAAAUAAACGAAACCCACGUAUUAGCGGAGGCACACUGCGCCGUCUGUAAGGAGGCGUUCGAGCUCGGCGGCAAAGCACGCGAGAUGCCCUGUACGCAUAUUUACCACUCGGAUUGCAUACUUCCUUGGCUCGCAAUUAGGAAUUCGUGUCCCGUUUGCCGCCAUGAGUUACCGGCGGAUCAGCAAGAAAGCGAGAAUUCGGGGGAAUCGGAGGAAAUUGUUGGGUUGACCAUAUGGAGGCUGCCAGGAGGUGGAUUUGCAGUGGGAAGAUUCAGUGGGGGAAGGAGGGGAGGGGAGAGAGAGUUUCCGGGCGUGUUUACAGAGAUGGAUGGUGGGUUUAGUGGGAGUGGUGGCGCUCCUAGGCGGGUUUCGUGGGUGAGUAGAACAAGUAGAAGGAGGGAGAGCAGUGGCGGUGGUGGGUUUAGGAGGGUUUUUCGUGGGUUGGUUUCUUUUUUGAGGAGGAUUGGGUCUAAUUCUUCUUCUUCUUCUUCUUCUACUACAUCUUUGAGUUUGCAUCCUGAUCCUGAAUCUGUUUCCUUCAGUAGAAGUUCUAGUCACUCGAGUUCUGGGUUUGGCCGAUAUGUAAGCAGACGCAGAAGAGGUUUGGAUUUGGAAGUUGAGAAUGGGACCGAAAGGUGGUGAUUCGAAAUUGAAAAGCACAAUGGUACUCAAAGGUUCGAUUUUUAUUUUUUCAUCAAUGUAUAUAGAAUUUAAUUAAAUAGGCAAGAAUUUGGUAUUGAAUUCUAGUUCUAUUCCUGAUCAAGGCUUGCAAAGACCAAAGAGAAUCUUUUUAAUUUUAAUCAGAUGGGGACACAAGCAGAAAAUUUGGUUGUCCCUUCACAUGGCAAAAUUUUGUUGUGGUUCUGGAGAGAUGGGAAAGACCUAAAAAUUGCAAAGUUUGUUUGAAUUAGGAAAAUUUGCAAAUGUAGAAAUGGCACGUUGAUAUUUGUAAGCUUAA